AAACGGCAUUUUUGAAUGCGUCAACCGCUUCUUCUGGUGACUGGAACCUUUGACCACGCAGUCUGUUUUUAAUUUCCGGCAAAGAAUCGUUAGGACUUAGACCGGGACUAUAUGGAGGAUGGUCCAAUAAUUCCACGUUUUCUUCCGUUAAAUACUGACUUGUUUUUUGAGCUGUGUGCGAGCUUGCAUUGUCUUGGUGGAGGAUGAUUC